GCACUACCAUUUGAACAGGUUCAGCGUGAGGUUUUGGACUUGAUCUCUGUGGAGACCAUUCUGGUGGGACACUCGCUUCACAAGGAUCUACGCGCGCUGAAAAUCCAGCACACGAAAAUCGUGGACACUGCCCUCAUUUUUGCAGUUGAAGGUGGCAGUCGCCGAAGACGGCACAAGCUCAAUAGUUUGGUCACCCUCAUGAGGCCAAAGAUUCCGACUCUACAGCCCGUUCGCCCUGGGGCACACGAUCCGCGGCAGGAUGCGCAGUGGGCUCUUCAGCUGGCGCUUUACGAGGCUUCAAUCCAUCCCGCCACCACCAAGCCUUUGAAGCUUUUAUCUUUCCCCAAGACGAUCUUCCUGAGUGAGAUUCCGAAAGGGACAACUGCCAAGGAGCUGCAAGGCUUCUUCGCGCAUGGUACUUGUGCAGAGGUGAAUUUCCACCUCCAGUCAGAAACAUCAAGUUGGUUGGGAACCACUACGAUCACUUUUCCCUCGCAGGCGGAACGCGACAAAGCGUUUGCCGAUCUUACCCGCUUCGUGCGUGUCUACGUCGGUCCCCUUAGAGACUGGGCUGGCAGGACGGACACGGCAAAGAUGCAGGCCUCGCUGAAGGAGCAUUUCCUGAAGUUUG